AUCGCCGGUCCGCUGUUUCCCUCGGACACAGCGGAUCACGGAAAGAGCCGAAGAUGUCGGCUCGGUUAUGUGAUCAGUUGUGUCCAAUCACAGCUGAUCACAUGGGACAUGUACACUGAUCAUCAGGGCACUGAUGAUCAGUGUGCCCUGAUGAUCAGUGUGGCUCCAGAAGUGCCACCUGUCAGUGCUCAUCAGUGCCAGCGCCCAUCAGUGCCACGUGCCAGUGCCCAUCAGUGCCACAUCAAUGCCACAUAUCAGUGCAUACCAGUGCCAGUCAGUGCCGCCUAACAGUGCCAGUCAGUGCAGCCUAACAGUGCCAGUCAGUGCCGCCUAUCAGUGCCAGUCAGUGCUGCCUAUUAGUGC